UCUUACAAGUUGCCAUUUGACCAAUACAUUUUGACAUCAUGGCAAGACAUAAGAUCCUAACCUUUACUGUGAUGUAUUUCAUCCAGGCUUGGAUUUUGGGUCUGGACUCCAAGAUGGUCAGUCUCCCUCUGUAUGAUCCAAAAUCCAGCAUGUCUUUAGACAUGGCUCCAGACUCGGUUGAUGACUCCUACAAGGGCUGUGAGGACAAGAUGUUCAGGAAGGUGCUAGACCUUUACCUGCCAAAAGAGAGACAAAAGAACAAAGAUUUCAACCAGGCUUGGACCGCUGCUGAGGACCAUUACAAAGAAAAAGGAAAACUGUCUAAAUACUAUUCCCUGGCGUAUAUCCAGGUGUAUGUGAAUGCAACAGCCAACGUUUACAGGUCAUUCAACAACGCCACUCGUACCCAAAAGGAGAACUACACCACAACAUUCCAGUACCACUCCCUGCACUUCCUUCUGACCAAUGCCUUACGAAUCCUGAACAACAAUUUUUGGAAACGGUUUAUUAAAAAGCAUUUCCAUACCUUCCGAGGAACCAAUGUGACUUUCCACCAUGACGGAAAAACUACAAUGCGAUUCGGACAGUUCACCUUGAGCUCUUUAGACAAGAGAAUUGCUAAAGGCUUUGGAACUAAAUCCUGUUUUGAGAUCGCUACCUACUUUGGUGCCCCACUGGGGAAGUACUCUCAGCUGCCACAUGAGAAAGAAGUGUUGAUUCCCCCCUACGAGGUGUUCAAAAUUACAAAGGUGAUGAAGAGAACCGACAAGAAAGACUUCUGGUGUGACGUCGUCUACAAACUGCAGAGGACUAAGAAAGGAAAAAGUGACCUGAAUUGCCACAUGGUUAAGAGAAUAAAAUCAAACCAGCAACACAAGUUUUCUGCUUUCAAUCAAAUAUGA